AUGAAGGCACCUAUCGCUACUGCUGCUGCUGUUACUGCUGCUAUCGUGGCUGCUGGCGUUUCGGCCGGCCCCAUAGAGAAGCGUGCUCGUCUCGGUCUCACUUUCGUUCCUCCUUCCACCUCCCCCCUUGCCCAGUCGUCUAACUAUGUUGGCUACAACAACGCUUCGCUCCCCAAGCGCGAAGUCGUUCCCGGCAAGGCCUUCGACCGCAUCAUCCAGAUCUGGCUCGAGAACACCGACUAUGCUGCCGCAAUCAGUACGCCUGCUAUGCAAGCUCUUCUGCCUCAGGGUGUCCUCUUGGACAACUACUAUGCUGUGACUCACCCGAGUGAACCCAACUACAUCGCCUCGGUCGCAGGUGACUUUUUCGGGCUCGGUGAUGAUACCUUCAACCACAUUCCUACCAACAUUACCACUCUCUUUGACCUCCUCGACGACGGUGGCAAGGCAGGCAAACCCAUCAGCUGGGCUUGCUACCAGGAAAACCUCCCCUACGAUGGCUUCACCGGCUUCAACUACUCCAGCCACAACUACAUCACCACUGGAGCACCCGACUACACCUACUACGUUCGCAAGCACAAUCCUUGUGCCAUCAUGGACUAUGUCUCGGGCAACAAGUCGCGCGCCAUCAACAACCGCAACUUCAACGACCUCGUGGCUGACGUCGGCAACAACACGGUCCCGCAGUGGGUUUUCAUUACCCCGAACAUGGUCAACGAUGGACACGACACCACAGCUGCCUUCUUCUCCAACUGGACCAGCUACUUCCUGACUCCGAUGCUCAAGGAGCCCAAGUUCAACAACAACCGAACGCUCGUGCUGCUCACCUUUGAUGAGAACGACAGCUACACGGCCAACAACCAGAUCUUCACCAUCGCUCUCGGUGGCGCUGUUCCCGCCAACCUCAAGAACACUAGCGACCACACCUACAUGACCCACUACUCGCCUCUGUCCUCGGUCGAGGCCAACUGGAACCUCAAGUCGCUCGGCCGUGGGGACACCAACAAGACCAUGGCCAACGUGUUCCCCUUCUGGGCCGACACCUUUGGAUACCAGAACACCCAGAUCGACGACUCUGAUGUCCCACAGACCAACCUCACUGGCAUCUUCCCGGGUCCGCUCAGCCCUACGGCUAACACGCUCUUCUACGCUCCCGACAAUGUCAGCGUCGUCGGUGCUGGUGGUCAGCCCGUCCUCGUCAAGAGCGGCCUCAAUGUCUCCCAGACUCUGGCUACCUUGCCGCGUACCAACUUGACCGCUUUGGGCCAGAAGCCCGUGUGGAACACGGACCCCGCCUACAACAACGUCAACGUCUCGACUGCCAACGCCACUGCUGCUGGUACUUCGUCCGCCAAGACCAACGCUGGUGCUAAGCCUGUCCUGGCUACCACCGGUAUUCUCGCUGCGACUGCUGGUGCUGCCUUUGCCUUGCUCCUUUGA